AUGUCCACGGGCGGCGCGGCGUUGCAGCCGACCUUUCAAGGCCAUGUCGCGACAACUCAAGAUGCUCUGAUUUUGUUCGAGGCAUGCUUGCAAGGCCACCUUUCUCAUGUUCCACGUCGGCCUCACGAUCGUGAACGCAACUCGCUUAUCCGCAGCGGCUCGGUUUUCAUCUACGAGGAGAAUGCUUCCGGCAUCAAAAGAUGGACCGAUGGCGUCACCUGGAGUCCCUCUCGAAUACUUGGCAACUUUCUGGUCUACCGGGAACUCGACAAGCCAUUUCCACCUGGAGAGAAAAAGCGAGCCAUGAAGAAGCAAAAUCGACGUCCUAGUCGGCCAGGUGAGCCGUACCCUGGAGCCAUGGGCGGCGGCAGCGAGAAUGGAUCCUUUGGGGCAGAGCGGACUCCUACCGAGACGGAGCGGCAGCUGAUUGGGUCUCUGAUCGAUAGUUACGGCUUCAAGGCUGAUGGUCUGGUGAAGAAGACCAUGAGUGUCACUGUGCAGGGCGUCACACAUCAUCUUGUCAGCUACUACAACGUCAAUGAGGUGGUCGCCGGUCAACUACGAACACCGGGUCAGACAGACAAUCUGCAAUACAUCCGACCGCGCCCGGAGCUGACCAGCAAGCAGAGCUUUCGCUCGCCACUCGAGGACAAUGAGGAUGUGGACGGUAUAAGAGAUGGGUCGAACGCCUAUCGCUACGGCGUCACACCACACCACCAACCAUAUGUGCAGGACUACAGACAAGCCCACUAUGGCAUGAACUCGCGUUCCGCCCAUGUCAUCAGGUUACCUGCAAACACCGGUCGCGACACCUCAGAUGCCGACUCAGCCCGACCUGAGUAUGCCUCCUACGAUCAAUCCAGCUACAAUCGCGGGUACGACUCCAAGGCGCCAAUUUCCUCGUCCAUGCCGUCAAUGAUGAGCGACCGUAAUUCGUCAAUCAUGUACCCACCGCCAUCCAGCAUGCAACGUCCGAUGAAUAAUCUGAGCCCCGUCGGAAUGGACCAAAGUCGAAGCAUGAGCUACCGUCCCAGUUACGGUAUGGGUUCCACAGCAUCGCCAAUCGAUGGUCACCGUCCAAGCGAUGAUCGUAGAGACUCCGGCGCCCCGAAUAGCCAGAUGUACGGAAGCCGACCUCCUUACCCAUAUGAAGCCUCUCAGCAGCAGAUGCAUCAGCCUCCCUACCCGCAGAACCCCAACGGUUCGGGGUCAUGGUCUACCAACAGUCAUCCGCAACAAUCUUAG